AUGGCCGUAACUGCAUUCCCCUCUGAGGGCUCUCCAGAUCUCGCUCUUCUCAAUGUCGCCCGUCUGUUCACCAGACUCGAGCACAAUCUCCUCUCUCCGGGGACAGACCGGCGCUCAUUCCAACAAUCAGAAUACCAGCGUAUGCGCGUGAACAAGAACGUUGAAUACGCCCGCUCACUCCUGACCCAACUCGAGCGCUCCCUCCCACAAAUAAAACCCCUCGACCGCAAACACGAAGCACAAGCCGAGAUCGUGCGCGACAGACAACUCCUAAAGCGCAUACAGACCAUCCUCGAAGAAGAAGACGCCAAAGCCGAAGCGAAGGAAGAUGAAGACGACGAGACUGAGGACAUUGAUGACGAAUGGAAGGAACUAUUCUCAAAGCCCGUCGCCGAGAAGGCUAUCUCGCCAGCAUCCCGACCCAAACAGCAGCGGAAAUCGACACAGCCAUCUGAAUCACAACGUGAAGUCAAGGGAAAGAGCGAAACCACGGCCAUACCUUCCGCAACAACCCCAUCACCAACCCCCUCCUCAACAAGCCCACCAGCACCCCCAACCAUCCGAAACCGCCACACAACCCACCCCGCACCACCAUCAUCGACCGAAACAGCAGCUGCGACGGGAAGCAAUACAAAUAAGCUCUCCGAAACAGAAAACCAACUGAGCACCCACAGAAUGGAACAGGAAGAUCUUACCAGCUCGCUUCUAACGCUCGCUUCGCAAUUGAAAUCCUCAUCGCAGAGCUUCCAGGCGACGCUGGAGGGCGAGAAGUCUGCUUUAGACCGCGCGGUAUCGGGCAUCGACCGUACGAGCACCACGAUGGAGGCGGCGGGUAAGAGGAUGGGGAUGUUGCGCAAGAUGACGGAGGGGAAGGGACUGUGGGGCCGGAUGAUGCUGUAUGCGUGGAUUUUCGGGCUAUGGGUUGUUGCUAUACUGAUUGUUUAUGUUGGGCCGAAGUUGAGGUUUUGA